AUGCUUAUUUCUCUUCUCUCCCACCCACUCUCCCUCCCUCUCUCCCUCUCCCACACUUUCUCUCUCUCUCUCUCUCUCUCUCUGCUUCUCUCUGCUUCUCCCUUUCCCUCGCUUUCUCUUUCUCUGAUUUCUUUUUCAUCUUCCGAUUCUCUCUUUUUUCUUUUUUUUUUUCAUUCUUUCCACACUUUCACUUUUUCUUUUUCCUUACUUUCGCUUUCUUCUUUCUUUAAUGUUUCUUUUCUCAUUCUAUUUACCGAUUCCUAUAUCCAAUUUUGGGAAAUUUUCUUUAAUUAUCGAAUUCCUUUUGUUUUAUUUCUUUUGCUUUACUCCUUUUUUAUGUCUGUCCUUCGUUUCUCGCUAAUUUUCACUGUUUCUUUCUUUCUUUCUUUCUUUCUUUCUUUCAUUCAUCUCUCUCUCUCUCUCUCUCUCUCUCUUGUUUCUAACUUUUUCCUUCCACACCCUAAACCUCCCUCCCCCCCAUCUCUCUCACUCUCUCUCUCUCUCUCUCUCAAUUUCAUUUGUUUCUUUAUUCACGAUAUAGACAAUGCAUUCUUUCUUUCCUUUUUCUUUUUUCUUUCUUUCUUUCGACCGUUCUUUCUUUCUUUCUUUCUUUUUUUCGCCCGUUCUUUUUUCUUUCUUUCUAUAUUUGUUCGGUAUUCCUUGAAUAAUACGUCUCUUGACAAAAAUACAGAAUCAACGACGACGACAGCUCGUUUUUCAAUUUUUUCCUUUUUUAUCUAUCUCUGCUUAUAUAUAUCUAUCUAUCUCAGUCUGUUCAUAUCUAUCUAUCUAUCUAUCUAUCAAUCUGUCACGGUCGGUUCAUAUCUAUCUAAGUCUACUCUGUAUCUAUCUAUUUAUCUUAUCUAUCUAGCUAUCUAUAUUUCUGUCUCAGUCUUUUCAUAUCUAUCUGUCAAUCUAUCUAUCUAUCUUUGUCGGUCUGUUUAUAUCUAUCUAUCUAUCUAUCUAUCUAUCUAUCUAUCUAUCUAUCUCAGUCUUUUCAUAUCUAUCUAUCUAUGUUAUUCUUUCUUUCUUUCUAUCUAUCUACUUUUCCUUCUUUCUUUCUAUUUUCUCCUUCUUAAAUCCAUCUUUCCUUCUUUCCAUUUCUCUAUUCCAAUGUCUUUCUUUCCAUCUUUCUUUUGGUUUCAUUUUUCUUCUUUCUUUCUCUUACUCUUUUUCUUUCUUUCUUUCUUUCUUCUUCUUUCUUCAUCUUUCUUUUAUUCUCUUCUCGGUCUGGAAUUUGGCGUUAUUCUAUUUUUCUUUUUUUCAUUAUGUUUUGAUAUUAUUCUUAAUAUAUUUUUUUACUCUUUACUUUAUUAUCGUUUUAUCUUUUCCUUAUCUCUGUCUUUUUUUCUCUUUCCUUUCUUUUUUCUCUUUCUUUUAUUCGUUCUCUAUCAUUUCUUUUUCCUCUGUUUUCUUUCUCUAUAUUCUCUAGCUUCUUUCUCUUUUCUUUCUUCUGUUUCUUUUUCCCUUUCUUCUUUCUUUUCGUCUUUCUCUUUCUUUUCUUCUUUGGUUAUCAAUUCUUCUUCUUCUUCUUCUUCUUCUUCUUCUUCUUCUUCUUCUUCUUCUUCUAUCUUUUCAUUAUUCUUUCUUUCUUUUUCUUAUUCCUCUUCAACUUGA